ACAAAUAUUUGAGCAGUAGUGAAACUGAAGAUGAUGUGGCAGAAAAUAAGGAAGAGGAAGAAAAACAAGUAGAAAGAAAACCAGAGAAAAAAAAGGUGAAAAAGAAAACAAACACGCCCAAAAGCGAGAAGCAGUUUACUCCGCGAAAACCUUCUAUGAAAUGGAAAAACUUGAGGCUGGUUGUCGGUGAUGACAGUGAUGAAGAGGUGAAAGAAACCAACAAGCCACAACCGAAAUCAAAACAAAACCGCAAAGAAAGCCGUAGCAACAAGCAAAACUUGCAAAGCCGGCGGUCCACCUUGUUCAGAAUUCCAUCGGAGCCUGCGGAAAGUUCAACCGAGAGUGAAGAAGAAGAUGACCGGGUGUUAGACGGGAAAGUGGGCGUAGCUGACCUUCCCUCAGAAUAUUGGCAAAUACAAAGGCUGGUCAGGUUCCUCAAGAAUGGUAACCAAGUCGCCACGGUCAUCACAUUGUGUGCUCUGACGGAUUUCAACUUAACUCAAGAAAUGACCCAAAUGGCCAUUCGCGAUGUGAACGGAUUGACAGUUCUUGUUAAUAUUCUCAGAACAGACCACGAGAAUUGUCAGAUCGGUGCGUUGAAGGUUCUCCAACAGUUGACCAUAAGUAGCAUCUACAACAGGCGAGCUGUUAUCAAAAUGGGAGGCGUUCAGAUCCUGAUCGAUCUCAUAACUGAUGCUCCUAAGGAGGUGCAAAGUUUAGCGGCAGCUAACCUGGCUAACAUGGCAAAAUCCAGUGUAGGAAGAAAUAUUCUAAAAAAACAUGGUGGAUUACAAACAUUGGUUGGUCUGCUAAACUACGAAGAACGACAACCUACUGGAAGGAAACUUUCUGGUAAUGGGUCUCCAGGCCAACUUGGAGCGGACCUUGAAGUUGCACGUAAUGCUGCCCUUGCGCUUUGGAGCUGCAGCAAGAGCACGCGCAGUAGGUCAGCAAUUUUCAAUGCCGGAAGCGUACCAAUGUUAGCCAGACUAAUUACCAUGGACAAAGACGAGUUCCUUGUUCCUAUCGUAGGACUUGUUCAAGAAUGUGCAGUGGAGACUCGCUUCAGACAGGCUUUCUACAAAGAGAAAAUGAUAGCAGCGAUCGUUCGUCGCUUGUUGACCGACAACGAAGAACUUCAGGGUUACUGCGCCAACGCCAUAUUCAAGUGUGCUGUCGACGAACAAACAAGGAAAGCUGUAUAUGACUGCGGGGGCCUGAACACGCUUGUUUCACUUCUUUCCCGCCAUGAUAAUAAGAAGCUGCUGGCGGCCGUAACAGGUGCAAUUUGGAAAUGUGCUAUCAGCGAUUACAAUGUCAAAAAGUUGAUGGAGAUGAAGGUAUUAGAAAUACUUGUUAAUCUACUUCAUAAUGAAGAAGAAGAAGAGGACCUCCCUGAACAAGUUCAACUCCAUAUUGUUGGAGCCAUUGGAGAGAUUGCCAAAGACCCUAAGGCUCCGCUGGAAAUUUUACGAUGCAAGGGAUGUAAAACCUUAGUGGACAUUCUGAAUAUCCCCAAUGAAGAGCUAACUGGUACAGCGGCGAGAGCCAUCGCAGCAUGCGCCGCGAACAGCAGCUGCCGAGCAGUUUUCAACAGAUUGGAAGGCCUAAGGCUUCUGUGGUCUCUUAUGAAAUCAAGGAACAAUCAAGUGGUCUCUGGUGGAGCAUGGGCUGUAUACAGACUGAUGCAAGAUACACCGGAGGCCUGGGAAACCGCGCGAUCAUUUGUUGGAGGACUGGAUCUGACUGUUCGCCUGCUCAAGUCUGCCGAUUUGGAGGUCCUUACUAGCGCAUGCGCAGUGAUAUCAGUUGUGGCAUGUGAUUGGGAAAACUUGGGAGUCAUAACUGAUUACGAGGUUGUCUCUCACCUGGCUAAACUCACGCAUAAGACUGACAUCAUUUUGAGGCGACAUUUGGCUGAAGCUAUUGCAAUGUGCAGCAAAUGGGGAAACAACGCGAAGCGAUUCUCCCAGGAAGGAGCUGUAGAAAGAAUGGUGGAAUACCUUGGGUCACAUGACAUCAUAGUACAGCGGUCGGCAAUGCGGGCUCUCGAGCAGUUGGGCAAACAUCCUGAUAGCUGCAUCACUAUGCACCGCAGUGGGGUUGUCAAGCUGUUACUGGAGAUGAUAGGUUCGGAGGAUGCAGCUUUACAAGAAGCUGCCGCGGGAUGUCUGUUGAACAUGCGACAACUUGCAAUGGCCAACGAACGAGCAAGAUAUCAAAAGGAAACGAAUAAUGAUUUGGAAGCAGACACCGAUUCCGUUCAACAGAAUUGAACUUUUAAAAAUAGUACUGAGUACUACAGUGACUAAAGUGUGAAUUAUGAGGCACUUACCAAUAAUGUCUCCUGUUAUUUAUAUAAUUUGUAGCUUCAAUAAACACGAAUUUUUGCUUCCUUG